AUGCAAUCAGACCGAGACGCUAAGGCAGAAGAACUACAGCGUUACUUGUGGCUAUAGAGUGGCGUUUUGGUUGAGGUUUGUUCAUGGCUCCUCAGACUGCUGUGUAUUGCUAUCAUGCAAUCGUUACUAAAGUUGGUAUAACUAGAGAAGCAAGGGGUUGACAACAUUCAUGUCUCCAGGGGGUGUCUAACUUGGUGUUACGGUGUGUUUGACCCUAAAUUAAUUUUACGCUGGAAUAUCCCUUUAACAAUCACUAAGCACUUUGAACCAAAGUUUGACCCACACGGAUCCUCAACCCUCCUGCUGGACUGAAUGUGACCAGUGCUCAUAGAUAAAUGUUUUAUUUACUCCUGAAAGACCUUAACGGGGUGAUUACUGAGGUUUAACUGGUUUAAAAAGUAAAGGAGAAAAGUGUGAGUGAACGUGCUAAAGAUUCAGAGUUUAAGGCAGAUUCUCUGUGACCUUUGGCCCGUUAAUGCAAGAUGUGACCUCUCAGAGUGUUUCAGGUAAUCCGGCGAUCAGUCUGAGUGAAGACCACCUGGUGGAGUCCUGAUAAUGAGCCACACGUCUGCUCUAAAUGUGGUACCUGAGGAGCACAGCUUGCUGUCCAGUCUGAUUUCUCCUGGAUCUCAGUGACUGAUGAAGAAGACGGUGAGUUUGGUCUGAUCACGCUUCUGUCUGCCUCAAUUGUUUUGGGGUUUUUGCAAAAGUUUCGUUCAAAUUUCUGUUAAAUUUAAAUGAAAUAAAAACUAGAAUCAAACUAAAUGCUUUAAAAUCAAAAUUAAAGUGUUUUUGCUCGUAGCCCCUUUGAAGAACUCAAUAACGAACAAGGGUUUAAGUGUCGCUCGUCCCCUUGAAAAGCCCUAUGCUUAGGCGUGAGAAACUUUGGGAACAGGGUCUGAAGGCUAUUUGCAUAAAAUGUCCUCAAUUUACAUAUAAGAUCCCAGCACAUACAGAGGGGAAUGGUAGAGAAAACCUAGUAUUAUUUGAUCAGUUACAUUAUGAACUUACAUGAAUUUUACCUCUGUUUUAUUGACACAUUUAUCAAUAACAGGAUGUUUAAAAAAAGAGUACUUGAUUUACAUUUUAAAUAGAAUAAGCUGUGUGCAUAAACGCACAUGGAGAAAAGAAUAGGAGCAUCAACCAUGAACCUACGUGAAUGAAAACUCUAGUUUAUGCACAUUUCUAUUAUAUGAUGCUUUCAGGUGUAAAAAAAUAAAGUCCUUGAUUUACACAUAAUACCGUAAAACUGACUGUGUACAUAAGAGAAAGGAUAAUUUGACAGUACUGCAUAGGUAAAACUAGAGACUCAACAUGAAUAAAUAAUCUGUUUCCUUAAAUCAGGAAGCUUUAGGUGUAAAAGAAAAAAGUCCUUGAUUUACAUAUGAGAUACAAAUAGCUAUAAGACUUGUAUUCCAGAAAGAAGCAGGAGGGAUAACUUGAUGUAGUUUGAUCAGUAAAACUAUUAUCCAACAUAAAUGAUAACUAGAGUUCAGGUGCUUUCAGGUGUAAAAAAAAAAAAGUCCUUGAUUAACAUAUAAAAUACUAGCAGCUGUUUGCAUAGAUGUGCACAUGUAGAGAAAACCUGAUGUUAUGUAAAACUUACACACAUUAUGACUCCAUUUUAAAUACGUUUAAUUCUUGUGUUGUGAUGUUUGUAGGUUUUAUAACAGUUCAGUUCUCAGGAAAUGAUCUUGUUUACAUUAAAAGCAGGUGCUUAAUUUACAGGCAGACACAAGCUGAGCCGUCUAAAGGGCAGACACGUAUAAACAUGAACCUUGGUGUUAUAUAAUAAUCAGUAAAGCUUACCUGCAGCCAGUGUGAUCCUACAUAAGUUAAAGAUUUGAGGUUGAAGAGUUUUGAGCUCGUUUAUUUUGUGUGUUAAACCAGCAGGUUCUUCGGUAUGAGAAACGCCUGUGUGUCCCGGUUCUGUUUAGCUGUGUCAUGUUUGGGUUUUGAUAGCACUCUUGUUUUAUUUUAUAGUCUUUUUUUAAAUGUUGGCAGAUGCUUUGGCAGAAGUGAGUGCCAGUCUUGGGAAUAAUCAAACCAACUGAUACGGUCCGAUACAUCCAAUUAAACAGCCAACCAAAAGCAUUAGAGCUUAUAAUCGCUCUAAUACACUAGUUAAUUCCAGGCUGGCCGCAGCUUUUCAAGAAUCACUGUGUUUGUCUCUUUAAAGCUCCAUGAAAUUCUUAAUAAUCUGAUCAAAAUCAUUGGAGUUAUUUUCCUUUAAUUAAUGACUGACUGACAGGUGAAUUAUGGGAGGUUAUGGAGUCUGAUUUUAUAGAUUAUCUGGACCAGAAUAACCAAAAAAAAUCAGACUCCAUAGAAAGAAAGAAAGUCUCAUUUUAAAUAGUGUAAAUGUGGUUUUUAAUUCAGUGUGUAGCUGCCCUGGCCUUGGGUUUGAUUCCCUCUUAAGUGACAGCGACCCGCUGCACUGGUGCACCACGGCCUGACACUCAUCCACUCCAGCAGCUUAACAAAUAGGAUUAGAGCAAAGAGAGAAAAAUCUCCCUCACCAAAGUCCCAUCUGCUCACCUGAGAGGGAGCAAGGAGCAGCGCGCCGGGCGACCCCGACCACAACCACCUCCAUCACUCUGUUUUACUCUGAAGGAUGGCAGCCGGAGCGCUGGAUGGACGGCUGUGAGGCGGAGCGCUGAUGAGCUGAAGACCAGGAAAGUUUCAGAAAAAGGAUCGAGUCCGGCUGCAGGGCGAAGAGAUUUUCACAGAAAUGUCAGGAGGGAGCGGGAGGAUGGUGCUGUGGGCGCUUGGGGCCCUGCUGCUGUCAGGAUACAUCUCCACAGACACAGGUCAGGUUUACAGCUUUUAUCGUGGACCAUUAAAUCAUGAAGAUGUGACUGAAAAUACAGUCAGCUGCACAGAUUUACUCGAAAACAUGUUUACCUAAAACACUCAAAAAGUGAGGAAAAAGUUUUGCAGUGUGCUUUAAUGCUGCAAAAUGAUAUUGUCAAAGUGAAUCUACUGCUGUAAUCUCACUAUCAUAGAACAAAACAGUGUAGACAGACUCUGCAAGUCAAAGUUUAGCUGUUUUUACCCUAAUGUAGUUGGAGAAUUACCUAAAAAGUUCUGCAUAUAAUGAAGAAUCAUAUUAAAGCUCUAGUCAGGAGUUUUUGAUCAGUUAUGAAUCACGCUGUCACGAAGUGUGAUGUGUCUUUAUCAUGUACAAAAGCAAAUGUGAGCAUCAAUAAUACGACUAAUGAUUUGGCUGGAGUAAGUUUAAUGCCUGUAACAGCUGUGAGGGGGGGUAGGAACACUGAGGAACAGCCUUAGUUACUUUUUCCAUCGCACAGUGAGUCGACAUGAGGAGAGUUUUAAAUUAACAUCACUUUAAAAUGACAUCAGCAACAAUAUAAUAUAAGGGAUACCACUUUCUCCACAGGGGGGCGCCAACAUCAACACAGACACAGGAGCUUUAAAAAUUCAAUUAAAAAUACAUCAAUAUUUUCAGAAAUUUUCAGACGUGUUUACUGAACUUUUUCCUCAUUUUUUAUAAUCUUUUAUUUUAGCAAUGAUCUCUGCUGGAUGCAACAUUAUCGCAGAAGUACAUACAUAGAAUAUCAUACAAUAAUCUAUAUGAUAUUUGUAUAUAUAAAUUUUUAACCAUAUGUGACACAUGUCUGAUUUCUUCAUGUAAGUGUAAACAGUGCAAUUCUGAUUUUUUCAAAUCCAACCCAGGCCUCUGUUGUAUGUGGAUAUAAAUCGGAUAUGUAUCCGAUGUGACUGCAGUGUGGACGCUCAGGUCGCGUUCAUCCGACCUAUACGUCAUCAAUAUGCGACAAACGUCACCAUUUUUUGACGACACACAGACGCGGAAAGCAAUGCGGGUCACUUCACGGACGCAUUCCGUUCACAUUUGAUGCUGCAUUCGUUGUUGUAAUGUGAACAACCGCACAAAAAGAUCGGAUUUAACAAAAAAUCCGAAUUGUGCAUCAUAACCUGCAGCGUGAACGUAGCCUUAGAGAUAUAGAAUGUUCAUGGUAAAUAUAGCAUAUAAAUGGUAUAUAAAGUUUAUAAAUUGUUUAAAUUGUAUUUAAGUGGUAUAAAUAAAGAUAUGCACCAUUUGGUAACACUUUACAAUAACCAUAAUUUAUAAUUGGUAAAUAGAUAGUUUAUUAAUGUAACUUAGGGUUAGGGUUAGGUUUCUCAAAUUGUAGAAUUUACAAUUUAUUAAUGGUCUGUAUGCUAUUUAUAAAUGAUGAUUACACACUAAUAAACUAUCUGCUUACCAUUAUGGUUACUGUAAAGUGUUACCCACCAUUUAUAUACUUUACACACACCCUACAAAUACAUGUACCAUAUAUGUACCUAAUAUACCAUGUUCAUAUACCCUAUAUGUUCACAAAAUGACAAAAUACAAAUCCUGAUUGUGGUCAGUAAUGGUCAGGUUUGCUUUUAUUGUCACAUUGAGACAUCAGAAUUAGUUUUAUUUUGUUUAUAAGCAGCUAAAAAUUCCUUACAGGGGCUUUAAUUCAUCAUUGAAUAUAAUAAACAUGUUUGAAUGAGCUGUACUGAGUGUUCAUCUGUCUUCCUGUUGCUCUCAGGCGCCUCUGGAGACGAUCAGCUGGGUUUGGACGAGCGUGUCAGGUCCUUGUCGGACUCGGAUCAGCUUCUAUACCGACGACACUCGGCUCUGACCCGCAGGAAAAGAGACGUCCUGUUCCCCAGCGGAGUCAAAAUGUGCACCCAGGAGACGGUAGACCAGGCCGUCGCCAACCACCUCAGCUACUUCCACCUCAGAGGUACUUGGCGUUUUACUCGAGGUGUUUCACUCCCGCUCUGAUCCAAGCGGACUUAGCAGCUUAGAGUCAGUCUGCUGUCAUCUGAGGCAGCCGAUCUCACAGGGGUCGGAGGUCACACAGAGCUGUACACACUGCGAUAACAUGACCUUCUUAAGGAGUCAGAGCGUCUCAAUCUCUCUGUUUUGUUGAAUCACUUUGUCCUGUAACGGCCUCCAGAGUCAAACAGGACAACAUGUCUCUGGUUUUAUUCACGUGGUCUGAGCUGCUCUCCUCCUGAUGUCUCCUCCUGAUGUCUCCUCCUGAUGUCUCCUUCUGGAUGUUUUUCUUGAAACCCAGAAACUGCUCAUAAUCCGAAAACUUGGUAACUCAGUGUGUGUGUUUACUCAGUGUGUCAGGAGACCGUGUGGGAGGCCUACAAGAUCUUCUGGGACCGGCUGCCAGACCGGGAAGAGUACCAGGACUGGGUUGGCCGCUGCAUGGAUGGCUCCGUCAGCGUCAUGGACAUCGGAAGCUUCUUUAGCCAAUCAGACGAGCACGCCAACCUCGUCAGGAACGUGAGUAUAGAUAAAGAUCCAUUAUUUUCAUGUUUGGAUCUAUGUUUUCUUGUUUCUCCUUUUUUCCUUCCCUUUCCCUUUUCCAUUUUUUCCUUCUUUCCCUCCUUUUAUUCUUUUUCUUUUUACCUUUCUUACUUUUUCUUUUCCUCCUUUGUUCCUUCCUUCCUUCUGUUUGCCUUCUUUCUAUUUUCAUUUUCCUUCCCCCUUGCCUUCCCUGAUUCAUCCUUUCUCUCUUCAUUUUCUCAUUCUUUUUUAUUUUUAUCCCUCCUUUUACUCACUCUGUUUACUCACAUAUUAUGUAAUUAAUUUAAUCAUUUUGGAUCCUCAUUAUUUUACCUCUUUCUUUGGUUAACAAAAAAACAACACUAAACUGGAUGCAAAAGGAAAAGAAAGCACAAAGCAUUAUCAAUAAUCUUUCUUUUUUCUUUCUUUCUCUCUCUUCUCUUUAUCUCUCUCUUACUGUCUUUCUUUAAUUUUUCUUUUUUCUUUCUUUUGGUCUUUUUUCCUUUCUUUCACUCCCUUUUUCUUUCUUUCCUUCUUUCUGUAUUUCUUUAUUUCUUUCUCUCUUUCUCUCAUUCUUUUUGUUUCUUUCUUUUUUCUUUCUCUCUUUCUUUCUUAAUUUCAUACUUUUGUACUGUCUAUGUCUUUCCUUUCUUUUUUCUUUCUUUCUUUUUCUAUUACUUUCUUUUCUUUCUUUGUUCCUUUCUUUCUUUCUGUCUUUCAGAGGAUGGCUCAGGUGGCAGAGAUGAGCAGCAGGUGAGUUUUGACUUCAUUUCUCUGUCACCGAGUCACAUGACACCUCCUGUGUUUUUUUUUUUGUAGUUAAUUUUAACCUUUUAAUUAAAAACUGACUGAACAGUAACAUGAAAAAACACCUUUCCUUAUUUGAUAAAAAGUUUAAAUUAUUUGCUGCUGAAAGUUCAGAACAACAUUUUUCAGACAACCUUCAAACACAUUUACAUUUUGACUUUUGAUUCACAGCUAUUAGACUCACUUUUCUCCUUUUUUUCACACAUUUGUUGACAGUGAUAUUUCUACCUUUACAAUGAGAAAUUAAACUUUUAUUUUGGAGUUAAACUUUUUACGAUUCUCUCAAAAAAACAACUUUAAUAAGUGAAAUAACAAAUGCAGGUUUGUGCUCCUGUGAGGUUGUUCAAAGUUUAUUAAACAGCAGCAGAUUUUAAGAGUUCCUGCUCCAGAGAGACGUCGUCGUCCUCUUUCAGACACACACAGAUGAGACAGGACAUCAUGUUUGUUUACUGUCUGAAUGUGAAGGGUGCAGCCUCACUCUCUGUGGUCUGUCUGAAAUGACACCUGUGCUGUGUUUUAUCACCUGCUGCAGUUUGCCCAUCACCUCAGGCCCGCCUCCAUGCAGGUACGCCUGCGGACACCGAACACUCACCCGUAGAGCUGAUCCAGAAGCAGAGAUGACAGAGCAGGACACAAAGUUUUCUGAUUCUGACUUUAAAGUCAACAGAACUGAGACGGUUUUAAAGAAUCUGUGAAAAUAGCUGAUCGUCUCCAGCUGGUCAGGAAAUGAGAAAUCUGAUUAAAAAGAGAAAUAACAGAUAGAUCAGACUCUUCUUUGGAUCAGGACUGAAUGAAAACUCUCAAGUUCCUCUCCCUCCCACAUUCAUUCAGAGUUAGACUGCGCCGUCUUUGUGUACUUGUUGUUCCUUUGUUUGUUUGUUUGUUCUUUACAAUGAUGUGGUUUUUGUUAAAGCGCGCUUCACUCCAGCUCUGUGGUGUCGGCUGUGUUUUAAAGGGGAAUGAGAGUUAUUUUGAAGACCUGCAGAUGUGUGAUCAGAGACAGAAGUAUAAAAAACUGUCUGAGAUGAAACAGCCUCUAAACAUAUAAAAUUCCUCUUUAAAAAGACUCAAAAGUGCCGACCUCUGCUGUUUCUGCGGGUCAAACAGUGUGUGCUGAUAAAACCUGGACUACAGUCUGGACAGCAUUAGAGUCAAACAUCAGUACACACUGCUGUCCCGGGGGAAAAAGUGGAAUUUACAACCUCAGUUCUGUUUGAGAGUAAAAUCUAAAUAUUGCUUUAAACAAUUUGCAGACGAUUAAAUUCAGUUUCUGUCAAAAUUUCUUGACUCCAGUUGAACUGAGGUUGUAUAAAGAGUUAAAUUCUGGAUUUUCUGUCACUUUUUUCCCCUCUGACUUUUGUCUGUUUUUGUUUCAGCUCUGAGACAGUGACCGACGGCCUCGAGGAGUCCGUGGAUGUACCAGGUAAACACACCUGAAGUUCUCCGACCAAUUAGCACGCACAGAUUGUUAACUGUCGCUUUAGUUUACUGUAACCCUUAAAGGGAUAUUCCGGCGUAAAAUUAAUUUAGGGUCAAACACACCGUAACAGAGUUAGACACCCCCUCAAGAGAUGAAUGUUGCCGACCGCUUGCUUCUCUAGUUAUACCAACUUUAGUAAUGACUGCAGGAUAGCAAUACAGAGAGCCACGCGCUCAAACAAAAAGACUAAAAACAGCUCACCCACUCUCUUCCAGCAGCCGCUUGUUUGUAGCGAGACCUUGGGCAAGUCCAUCGACUGUAGCGGAGUUUCGCAGCUCAAGGAAGAACAUUUAUGAUCGUUUCUCCAUGGAAAUGCAAUCAGACCAAGACACUAAGGCAGAAGAACUACAGCGUCUGCAGUUAAAAAUGAUUAAUAUAAUGAUUAUUACUUCAAGGAAAUGAUAAAGAAAUGACCAUAAAUGUUCUUCCUUGAGCUGCGACACCCCACUGUCAUCUGCAAUGAACUGGCCUGAGGUCUUGCUACAAACAAGCGGCUGCUGGAAGAGAGUAAGAGAGUUGUGUUUAGUCUCUUUGCUUAAGAAAUUAGUCAAAGUUAAAAAGAUGUUUGGUGGCUAGUACUCUGGCUGGGACCCUAUAUGUACUGUUGAUGAAGUUAGGUGCUGUUCUGAGCAUUAUUUGUGGCUAUAGAGUGGUGUUUUGGUUGAGGUUUGUUUAUGGCUCCUCAGACCGCUGUGUAUUGCUAUCGUGCGGUUGUUACUAAAGUUGGUAUAACUAGAGAAGCAAGCGGUUGGCAACAUUCAUCUUUCACCCUAAAUUAAUUUUGCGCCGGAAUAUCCCUUUAAACGCCAUCGAUCACAUAUGAUAAUAGAUGUUUCACACAUUUAUAUUCUGUUAAGUUCAGACAGUCGACACAGUUUGAGUUCUUUCCUGCAGCAGUAAGUCGUACUGUUUCCAGACACUGGACAUUGAGACGGUGUGAAUCUGUCUUUAUCAGGUAACCUGGCGGCAGAAAGCUGCUCAGUUAACAGGUGGUUAAGACUGUCUUACUGCUGACCACUUACUGACCCACUCAGAGUCGUCAUGGUGACCCAGAUUGAGAAACACCAGCGUUCACAAAGCUCUGAAUCUAGAGUCUGUUAAUUGAUCUGUUAAUUAACAGCUGAUUAAUUAAUUACCUUUCUUCUGUGUGAUGUGAUGUCUGAUUACAUACAUUCAUAUUUCACCUGCUUAACGAAGCCGUAAAGUCGAGACAACCAGUUUACCGAUCCAAACUAUGAACCUGAAGGAGCGUGGCAGUCUGUCACCUUACGCCCCCACGUCACCUGCGUGUGUAUGUGUGUGUGUUGGUAGGGGGUCUGAUUCCCGUCACAAGCCAAGCUCCCAGAAUAGAUCAGUAAGCUUAUUUCCAAGCAGCAGUCUGGUCAAUGGAGUCAGAGUGGGGACUAAGUCAGAGCAGGACAACCAUCAGGGUUAGUGGGAUCACACCUGUAGGUGGACUACCUGUCUACCUGCCCACUCAGUUAAAGCCUUGAUGUAAAAACAUGGGAGCUCAGGAGACCGCAGGUAGACCAGUUUCUCAGCAGGACUCUUCUCCUAGAGAGCUGAGCUGUUGUAAUCCCUGCUGUCAGAAUGUGGUGUGGUGAGACAUGAAGGUCUUCCCUGAAAAAGUAAAAGUCUGGAUAAAAGUUUGAAUCUCUAUUUUACAGGAAGUGAUGUCACCCUUGACCUUCCUCCCAGCUUUGAGGUCACAGAUCAGACCCCUGUACUUCCACCAUCUGAAGAACCAGAUCAUGAACUGAUAAUCUCCUCCACCGAGAGACCUGCGGACUCAAUCUCUGACCCUGAUCAGACUCAUGAAGACAUAGAGGAGGACGACAGUGUCCUUGAGAAGACAGAAGACAUGGUCACAGAGGUAGAAGACAUGGUCCCUGAAGAUGUGAGUGCACCGAGUCCUGAGGUGAUUCAAGAGGCCACACCUGAGGGGGAGGAGCCUCCCUCAGAGGAGGCGAUGAGAGAAGUCAUCACUGAAGCUGCCGUCGUGGUUUUGGUGGAACCGACGAGGAUGUCGGAUAUGGAGGCUGUCUCACCUGCAGAGUCAGGACAACCUGUUCUUCCAGAACCUGCUGAUGAAGUCCAGACUGAGCACCAAAGUGAGGAGGAGGAUUCAGCAGAGCCAGAAACACAUGAACCCGGUUUGGACAUCCUUGAAGAACCUGAAGAAGACAGUUCAAGACCUCCUGAGGGACAUCUACCAGAGACCUCUGUAGAAGAUAAAACAGAGGACUCUGAAGAAGCAGUUCCCACCGUGGUCCUCCUAACAGAUCUGGACUCAGAGGAAGAGUACCAAGUAUUCAUAGAUGAGACUCCAGACCAAGAACCUGAAUUUGAAUCUGUCCCAGAGACAACAGAUGAGACACCUGAGGACAGAGAACCUGAAGAAGAACUAGCUUUAACUUCUGAGGUCCCCUCUGAGUCUGUGGUGAUUUUACAGGAUGACAUAGAUGAAGACACGUCUCCUACUAGACAGGAGGCCACUCCAGUUUUUUAUGAAGACCUGACCACUGAGGUGGUGUCCCCUGAGGAGACUGAGGACAUAGAGCCAACUGAGAUCAUACCUGACAAGAUGAAGGAGGACUUAGAUGUCUCUGUGGAGGAACAGGAGACAGAAGACGCAGAGGGACAUGUAACUGCAGAAACAGCAGAAGAAGAAGAACCUGCUGAAGUGUCUCUGGAAACGGGAAUCGGUGAAGAAGAGACAACUAGGACAGAUAACGAGACAAAAGAGACUCCAGGUCCUGUGGAGGAGGACAGAGCAGAUGAUGCCGAAACCACAGAAGAGCCAGAACCUACAGAGGAGGAAGCUGAACCAGAAAUAUUAGAGCCAGCAGAACCAGAACCAAAAGAGGAAACUCCUGAAGAGGCAGAACAGACCAGAGAACCUGAACCAGAACCUGGACUUGAACCAGAACCCAGGGUCUUGACCACAGAUGUCACCCCACCAUCGGAAGUGACAGUUGAAGCAGAAGUGUCUAAACCAGAAGUUUCCGAAAUCUUCAUCCCAGAAAGUCCUCCAGAGUCCGAGGAGGAGAUCACUCCACUCAUCGUCAUUGUCCCAGAGAACACCGAGGGUUUACUUCCUGCAACUGAAGACGAGGACAUACCUGAACCAGAGGUGAAGGUGGAACUCACCCCCGAGGAGAUACCUGCUCAGGACAUUGAGUCUCCAGGAGAAGAACCAGAAACCGAGCCCCCUUCUAAGGCUCCAGGGGAACCUGAAGGAACUGCUGAGUCUGAACCUGUCCUGGCAGUCACACCCGAAGGAGACCAGGAUGUCCCUGAGAGUGUCUCCCCUGAUGAUGCCAAUGAGAUCCUGACAGAGGUUCCUGUGGAUGACACAUCAGAGUCCAGCCAUAAAAUGACUCCAGGAACCUCAGCAGAUCAGACAGAGACCCCGACCGCUGGCGUCUCUGUGGAGCUUACCACCCAGAACAAGGUGGACUACGACAUCAGCGACAUCGCCGACAUCUCCGACCUCACAGAUGUCCCUCUUGAGGUGGACGAAGACCCACUGGGCAACAACGGCUUUGGGCUGGAGGUCAAAACAGACGGCAGUGUAAGGAAACACAGUCAAGAAAUAGAAUAUCAGAACCACUGAUGUUCACGAGUGUCUGAUGUUUAACGUAUGUUUUCACCUCCAGAUCGGUAACGAGAUUGAUAACACCAUGCUGUGGCCCCCAAGACUCCUGAAGGACCACACGGUGGAGCUGACCAUCAAACUGAGAGGAGAGACCUACCAUGAUGGUCUGAGGGACCCGGGCAGCUUACAGUACCAGCACCUCGCCAAACACUUCAUACGCAGGGUGAGACGCCAUCACUGGAACGAUAAGAUUAAGAUAAGAUGUUCCUUUAAUAGUCCCACAGGGGGGAAUUCCAAAAUUACUGCAGCAUGGUUUAGAUACAAAAGGUAAAAGUUAAAAGAUAAGAAGACUUUGAGUUAAAACAAGAUAUGUGCAUGCGCCAUAUUUACAUCUGUACAUAAUUUACAUAAUAAUAGAAACACAAUAUGAGUGACGAAUACAAUGACUAUGUUGUUCUGUUGGUGCACACCUGAGGGUGAAAAGUUGGAUCGCAAAAAUGACGAGAUUUCCAUGACCCCAACACCGUACAACUGCUACAACCUCAUUGCAUUCAGUGCUAGACUCAGCUUAGAUUUCAUUGAUUGCGAGUUAAGUAUAUACAAUUGUGUCAUCAGCACAUAAAUACAACGUGACAUUUUAACAUAAAUCAUUGAUAUAAAUAGAAAUGAAAAAGGACCCACUAUGGAUCCAGUUACCUCAGAAGUCGGGUGUCGGAGCUAGGAAUGACGCUACACCCACGUUGACGGCGUUCCAGUUAACAAGUCGGAAAACCAAAAUGGAUGCCUAUAGUUAGCCAUUGUCAGCUGUUGUUAGUUGUUGUUAGCUAUACCAGUUGUAAACGACACAUAACAGUAUUUUACUCUUACGAACACCAUAGCACCGCGUUCACAAUUAGACGUUGGGCAGUACAACAUAAACCACUUAUUUCAUUUCAUAAAAACAAAAAAGAAGUGCAAAUAAAUAAUUAAUCACGAGAGCUUUCACUGUUACUCUUUACUGUUGAUGCACUGCGCUGCCAUCUUGGAUAAUGACGUUGUCGUCAAGUCAGGGUUGGCGAGGAUUGACGGACUUUCCCAGUUGGAAAUCCAACUUCAGGGGGGCGUUCCAGAUGAAUUUCGGACUCGGAGCUUGGAAAUUCUGACUUCCGAGUUCAACUGGAGGGUUCACUCCAUAUCUUUUUUGUCGUCUGUAGUUGAAAAACUAAAACUUGGAACAAAAGUUAUAUCAACUAAAAUCCAGAUUGUCAUGAUCAGAGCUACAUAAAAACUGACCUAAAUGCUGCUGGAGCUGAGUAUCAGUGUGUGUGUGUGUUAGCAUUGAGGACCUACAGCAGAGACUCAGCUGAUUUGUCUGACGUACUGAGGUUCCUGUUGUUCACUAACACCCUGGGUGUUGUCAUCAUUGUGUUUUGGAGAAAGCUCGACCUCCUCUCCAUCACAACUUUCUCUGACGUCCAAGAUUCUCACUCAUCUCCACGAUGACUCUCUGCGGUUUCUCACAAACUGCAGACUCAGGGUUUUGGACUCUGCUUCAAAGGCCCCGCUUGGUUUUCACCCGUUAAAGAUCUUCACGCUUUAGAGCUCAGUUCCUGGGCCCUGCCAGCGUUUUGCUGAUGCAGAGACAGAGCUGGAGCAGGACAUCCAGAGAGCGAGCCGUGACUCACUGAGAGGAAAAACACGCCAUGCCAGGAAAGCAGAGAGCGCCGGUGUAUUCCCGUACCGCCGGGAGCGUUUCAGGCUCGGCUCCACAGUUAGUGACGCGGGAAGCCAGUUUACGGUUAAAGAGUCGGGGUCAGGAGCUUUAAUGAGUGAGGAUGAAGUGGAUAAGAGGGCUAAUAGAAACAGCAGGAGUUUGGCUACAGCGCAAGAAGAAAGAGGAGCUGCAGAGAGUGCAGCUACGGGCCACCGAGACGCAGAAAUGAUCUUUUUAUUCCAAACAAAAGACUCCAGCUGCACUUUUCAAACUCUCAGAUACAAUAAUUCUUCAUAAUAACACUCUCAAUGCUUAUUUAAACUGUUUCCACGGAGAUAAAUCAACAUAAAACACACUUAUUAUGACCAGAAUGUCUGUGUCCAAAUCAUUUCAUAUUUACUACAGACUGAUCUGUGUUCAUUUCGACUGAAUAAAUCUUAGACAUUAUCCCCAGAGCAGAUUUAUACAUAAAAUAAGCACUUAUCCUGUGUUUACAUGCAAAUCCCUGAAUCCAAAAGGGGCAGGACACUCAGUGUAAAACUGUAAAGAAGUUUAAGACACUUAAUCAUCCUUGUUUACAUCUGAAGGCGUCUCUGAAUGUCCUUUUUUAUACCCAGUCAUGUUACUAACCUGCUUACAAUAAUUAUGAUUAAUAAGCAGCUGGUUCAGUUCAACUUUUUUCUGUUAUCCCUGUUUAAAUAUGUUAUUUAUCAGAAUUUAAUGAAACUGAGGUAAUAAAACCUAAAAAAAGAUGAUAAAUAUUGUCAAACAUUUCUUUAUUUCUAGGUGGAAGAUGCCUUCGAGAGGUUGCCAGGCUUUAAAAGUGUCCACAUCAUUGAGUUCAGGUAAAACUUUUUCACCUAGCAGUAGAUGCGAGGUAUCACUUUGUUCAUCUUCAUUUUUAAACUUGCUGUUUGUGUAGAUGAGUCUUUAUUGCACAAGAGUUUUAUUGAAUUGUUUGUGUCGUUUGUGUUUUCAGGCCACAGAAGGAUCUGGAGAAGUAAGUUUGAUUCUUUUACACUAAAAAUGUUAAAAAACUGCGUCAAAAGAUUUUAAACAUGACCACAUACUCCAUUUAUAAGUGUCCCAAAGCAUGCUGGGAACGGCAGCACAGCAUUAAAACCACCAAACGUGUCAUUUUUGAUUUUCUUUUUGGGACCCUGAAUGUCUCAAUGCUGUGUUUCCAACAUUCCCUCACGGUCACGGUAACCAAAGGUGGUUAGGAGGGAUUUCUUCACCUGGUCCAGACUGCCCCCCCACCUCCCCUUAAAGCCCCUCCCCCUCCUGCUGCAGUAAAUAAGGGUUGCUGCUUUUGCUCCAGUUUCUCUCUAAUGUCCUUAACAAUAGUCCAUCAGCUCUUAAGUGGGAUAAGCCCCUCACUGCUCUGCAGCCACCUGCAGCCGCCGCAGGAUUAUCAUAAAAGACUUACAUCAACUCACUGUCCUUACCCCACCUCCCCCCCCUCCACAGGACCCCACCUCGACCCCCCACCGCAGUGAUAAAGUCACUUUGUGAGCUCAUAGAGAGUUUACAACUCACCUGAACUCGACACGACACUGAGGAGAGAGUCUGUGCGCUCGUAAAGGAACUUUUUCCUGAAACCGUCGAAUCAGAGAGGGAGGACGAGAAAUAACAGACAUGAUCAACAGAUGUCAGAUUAUAUGACGGCCAUAAUGUGCAUUCAGGCAUGAGUGCAGGUCAGAGAUCAACAUCAGGCAGAAGUGGAGCGAAACUUGAACAUGAUUUUUUAUUGUUAUUUUUUGUUAUAGCGUGAACGCUCCAGCAUGAUGAUGAAUUGAACAGACACGAGCUGUUCCCGUUGAAAAAGUGUUUCUCGAAGAGUAGAAGGAGUCUGCAGGGUAGGAGGGUGUUUCAGAGGAUUGGCCAGUUAGCAAUGACAAGUAUAUCAACUAUAAAAAUUGUAAAGACGGGCUUUAAAACAGGCACUGAAUCUAGGAGUUAAACAUUUCAGAGAUGGUGUCCGUUUAGCUCUAACAGCUCUUUCCUCGGUCUCCAUCAGGGGUCUGGUAGUCCUGGUCCACUAUGCUCUCACUCUGGAGGUCGAUGGCGGCGGCAUCCCCGACGACACGCUGGACUUCAUCUCUCUGCAGAACAACCUGGUGGAAAAAAAUUAUCCUACAGCCCCCGAACAGCCCACUGUGGUCUACACCAUCACCGACUUCAGGAACUACAUCACCGAGGCGCUGCACAAAGACAACUUCAUGACCAACAGCAGCCUGGGGACGCAGCCCGAACCCUUGCUAAUCAACACCGGUAACAACACUGAUCAUUUUAGAAAAGGGUUCACGAUUACAAUCACUGAUGUCAGGACAAUACGUGAUAUGUUAUGGAACCGGCUGAACAGAUUACCUGGAGAAGUAGAACAGAGUAGGCCUGAGGAUUGAACCCUGAGGAACUCCGCAUACCAGAAAACCAGCAGAGGAAAAAUUAUUAUAAAUUCAAACAUUAAGUAUCUAUUACAGAAGAAGGACUGAAGCAUUGAAAGCUGUCCCAGUUCACCAAUAUCAAUAGUUUCAGAUACAAUUCAUGAGGUUGUUCAGUAUUUGCCAUGAUCAGAUUUCACUAUUACUCCGAGUAAAGCAGUUCUGGUGCUGUGUUUGCUUUCCUUUGCAGAAGAGAACUUGUUACCUUCGAUGAAACCUACAACCAGGACAGCCGACACCUACGACAACAUGGUGAGAUAACCCUAGUGUUUACAGUGUUUAAAGAUACGCUAACAUUCAGAACAAAGGGGAACGCUCAGGUGAAUCUCCUCUCCCCGGUCAGGAUAACGUGCUCGCCGCAGAGAAGCCUCCCGACGCUCCGAGCCACGAGCCAGACAGCAGUGAGGUUUUCAUAAAGAAAGACGAUUUCCUGUUUGACCCGUUCGACCCGUGGAAAGGUGCUCAGGGUGAGGAGGUCAGCGAAAACGAUGUCUUCAUGUUUGAUGAGAGCGCAGCGCCUCCCACCACCGCUGAGUUCUCUUUUGACUUGGAUCAACCAGAAAGUGAGUCCAGGACGACUAACUGUCCUAUUAUCUGUCAUCAGCGUUACAAUGUCGAUUUCAUUACGUUCAAAGUUUUCAUAUCAUUUUUAAUACACUGUCUUUUUUUUCUGUUUUUCAGAUCCUGAAAAGAUUGAAGGUGAGGAUUUUCUUUCUAGUAACACUGCUGAGGAGAAACCCACUCGAGGGGACCAUGAAGUCGUUUCAGACUCCUCUGCAGACAUGCCCCCUCAGCUGAUUCAUCCCCACCUGGACUCUGACUUCAUGAUGGACCAAGGGUCUGGCUCUGGUUUCUCUGGGGAUGGCCAAGGAGCUGACGUCUGGUUCUGGGAGCCAAUGGAAACCUCAGACCAGACAGAGUUCUUCAAAGAAAGCCUGGAGGUGUUACCACCGCCUGAUUUGGAGGAGACAGAGGAUGAGGAUGAGGGUGAUCGGGCAGCUGGGGUUGAUCCACAAACCACUGAGCAGGUUGAUUCAAUUACAAUUAAACCUGAGGUUACCAGUGCACAGCCUCUUCAGACAACCAAACUUCCUGCUUACGAGGACUCUGUGCCAGAUGGCAGCAUUCAGAAACCUUUCGUGGACCAUGUUCCAGUCACGCCACACAUCAGUACUUACCCGUAUUACUCAACCACCACUGAAGCUCCUGUAUUCUCACCUGAAGGAAGCAGGACUGUAGAACUUUCAGUGCAGCCAGUGGAGGCAUCUGGUAUCUACAAUGAAGACUCACUGACUGAACCGGACGUUCCAGCAGGUCCAGCUACAGAUUCGCCUGUACCUGAAUUCUGGACUCAGGAGUCCCCUGUUUAUGCAGGUUCUACUGAUUCAGUUAUUCUAGAAACCACUGCGGGGCUCCAGCUAAGUCCUGAACUACCAACAGAGCUCCUAUCAGCAGCUGGGCCUGAAUCAGAAGAAGAUGGACUCGAUCAGGAGCAGGCUGUGGUUAUUGUUGUGUCCGAAGCACCUGAAAUCCCUGAAACUAAGUCCCCCUCAGAAUCCAGCUUUGGUACGAUCACUGAAGAACCAGCAGAACUUGAGGUUUUCACUGAAAAACCCACAUUUGGAACUGAAGAUGACAAUGAGGUCGAGAUUUUAGACGAGCAGCACAUUGGCGUCAUUGACAACAUGAUAACACCAGAGCCAACACUCGCCAUCCAGGACGAAGAUCUGGCUGUGGAUGAAAUGAUUGUUGUUACCACGACUACUACUGCUCCGGUCCUCAUUCCGUCUGUGAAAGUAGAUCACAGCAGCAGCGUGGAACACUCACCUGAGAAGGACUCACCUUUCACACGAGUGUCGGACGUGGCCCCAGAGGAUGAGGACCUGAUUCCUCAUGAGCCUCCUAACAAUGAGGACAACGACAAAAUCUCCAUCAGUCUUCCGAUCACAGAUAUUCCGCUUCUGAAACUGUCGAUCGAUAUCCUAAAUAAAACUGAAGAUUCCUUUGGACAUGUUGAAGAAGGUGUGGGGGGUGGAGACUCAAACACCUCCUUGACCGAUGACCCAGAAGGAGAAAUAGACAACAAAAUUAACCAAACAACUCCUGGUCACAGUGUCAACGACACCAAGCUUGAUACAGAUAUCCAGCCUUUCCAUAUAGAUUACUCUGAUGUGCCGACCAUAGACGUCAGCUUCGAUGUGUUCCAGUUUGGCGCUGGGGCGGCUGAGACUGACAGCAGUGGCUUCUCCAGUGGGACUCAAGGAAACGAACCAGAUGCCAUCGCAAUACCGACCCCACCUGGCAGAGAUCUGAUGGUGUUUUUCAGGCUACGGGUGACCAACAUGGCGUUCUCGAUGGACCUCUUCAACAAGAGCUCCUCUGAGUACAAAGCCCUGGAGCAGCGGUUCCUCCAGCUGGUGAGAAAUAAUCACAACAAAAAUCCAUUUGAUACAUUAGAUGUAAUUUACAGACAAGCUACAGGGCAUGUCUCGUGGGAGAGAGUUUUAAAGGUGGGGAUAGUCUGGCUGAAGGUUCUAGAUCCUAUGGUUGUCACAUGGACUCAAAAGAAGGAGCAUUACAGUUACCCCGAAUUUUCACCGCAUCCGGAACGGCUUCGAUCCGGAAUGGCAGCAAUUUUCUCUGUCCGCCAAUUCCUACCGGAUCAGCUUGUGAAGCAAAUUUUGUGGUAGAUUAAGGACAGCGGGAAUCGUGAGAACUCACAAGAACCCGCAGAUUCACGUGCAAUCGCGCAAUAACAACUUGUCUCUAUAAAGACAGCCACGUAACCAUAUAAGCAGUAGAUUGUGUCCUUCCAAAGGAGGAAAUCCACUUCUAGACUUCCAGAAUCAGAAUCUCCUCAUUCAUAGUGUCAUCGGUUGUGUCUGUGCCUGACUUCCUUUCUAUCACGUGUUAAUCUGUGCUGAAUUUGGGAAUCGACACAUUAACUUGAAUGCUUACGAUCAGCUGCGAUCGGCAGAUAUGGCCUUUUUGUAGCCGUUCUGGAUGCGGUGGAAACUGGGGGUUAUUGGUGUGGAAUGUGACCAGGGUGGAGACAAGACUGGUGGUACUGUUGGGUGUUCAGUGUUCAGUGUUAUGAAGUUAGAAUGUUAUGGACUGUGUGAUGUUAGUGAUCAGAUUUUGGCUGAUUGCCUACCGAGCAUGACACACCCUAACCCUGGGGACCACCAGUUUUGAUUGGAAUUGGCUGUUGGGGGAACAUUUUGAGUUGAAUGAUCCAAGCUGGGCCAGAGUCUGAGUGAAUGUAAAGAUUAAGAGUGAAUAUGCCAUGUCCUUCAAAGUGUCCCUGUCUUCAUCCUACAGCUGGUCCCGUACCUCCAGUCCAACCUCAACAACUUCAAAAACCUGGAGAUCCUGAACUUCAGGAACGGCAGCAUUGUGGUCAACAGCAGGAUGAGAUUUGUUAAACCGGUCCACAGCGGUGUCACCAACGUUGUCUACCUCAUCCUGGAGGACUUUGCAAACACUGCAUACCAGACCAUGAACCUGGCUAUUGACAAGUACUCACUGGACGUCGAAUCAGGUGAGACUAGAUGGAGGAAGUUCAGUUUUUCAUGGACAGAAUGUGAAAUUAGUAGAUGUAUUUCCAAAUUUUGAUGUUUUUUUCGUUCUUGUGUGGUAAAGUAGUAACAAACUUGUCACUCAAGAUGGUAUUAUUGGUCAAUUUCAAGCUUAUGCAGUGACUUCCACUCCAGUGUCUAGUCCCUUUUGAUGCAUUACUGAAAACAGGAUUUGAUGUUUACGUGCACAAACUUAAAACCCAACCUUAUGGGACACCCAAGUUCACGUAAAAGCACUCAGUGUUUCUUUAACACACUGCAGAGGCGUGUCAGACCUGUAAUGCUUAGCGGCUGAAUCCUGCGUGUGUGUGCACGCUAAUACCUGGGUAAUCUGUCUGGGAGGAACGUGAGCAGGAGCACGGAGUGACUCAGAGUGAUGAACCAGUAUGGUGGCUCGAUAUUCACCUGUUUCCCUUUUACCAUCAUGGCUGUCUUACACAUGCUGAAUGACUGGUUUCCUAGCACUGCCUGCUGGUCUACCUCCAUGGAUCCAUGUGUUAAAGGUUUGACAGUGAAAUGAUGCCACUCAGCAGACCUGGAACAGUUUUUCUCUUCCUUUAUGAGUUAAUUGUUAAUUUUAUCAACCAAUGACGUUUGAUUUUUGACUCUGAUAAAGACACAUCAGAGCUGCAGCUGCACGGUAAUCCCUCUGAUCCAAUCAGAGGAGAUCAGAUGACAAUCGGUUAAUCAGCUGUGAUUCACUCCCAUGCCAGUCUCUCUGUUGUGUAAAACUUGUGUGAUCCCUUUGUCAUGAAGUCCACUAAGAGUCUUCCUGUGAGACGGAUCACUUUCUGUGAAAACAGGACUCAAAUGGGUUUAGCAUCCCCUCUGGGAGCAUGCCGCAGUGUUUGCAGGCCAGAUGGAAUCUUAAACUUGUUGUUCAGAGUCUUGUCUUAGUUGGAUAAAAGGAGGUACCUGAUCAGCUGAUGAACCACCUGAAACGACCUCCUGAUAAUGAGGAGUAGCAGCUCUGCUUGGAGCUCCUCCAUGAAGCCUGAGCUCCAUAAACCUGCUUUAUAGAGAGGCAGGAUAUUUGAUCUGAUGUCUCCACAUGUGAUUAAUUGUUCACUUAGACCCUGUUCACCCGAAGAGCUAUCAGAUAAUGCGAAUUGUAAACCGGGGUUAUUUAUACUGUAACAAAGUUUUCACGUUCCCACCUGUGCGUCUCUUUCCUCCUCAGGUGAUCAGGCUGAUCCCUGUAAGUUCCAGGCCUGUAACGAAUUUUCCAAAUGUAUGGUGAAUCAAUGGUCGGGCGAGGCAGAGUGCGUGUGCGACCCUGGGUAUCUGAGUGUCGACGGUCUGCCGUGUCGGAGCGUCUGCGAGGUGCAGCAAGACUUCUGCCUCAACGAUGGCAAAUGUGACAUCAUUCCUGGCAAGGGCGCCAUCUGCAGGUAGGAGGACUUAACCCCGGUUCGAGUUACCUCGGAAAUCAGAAGUCCGAGCUGCGUUUCAGUUACCAUGUCGGAAGAAAGCAAAAUUGGAGGCGGAAACAAGAUGGCUACAUCUACGAAAGUUAUUUUAGCACUUGCCAUGUCCAAAUAUAAGCAAGGACAAGGCAAGCGCUAAAAUAACGUUCGUAGGUGUAGCCAUCUUGUUUCCGUCUCCAAUUUUGCUUUCUUCCGACUUGGUACUGGUAACUUGGUCACGACAUCAUUCCCAGCUCGGACAUCUGACAUCCGAGGUAACUCGAAUGCCCCAUUAAAACGACUGUAGACUCAUAUAAAUGGAAGUAACCUGUUAGCUAUUUGUUGAUUGAUUGACCAAUUGAUUGAAAAUGCAGGUGUCGUGUUGGGGAGAACUGGUGGUACCGCGGUGAACACUGUGAGGAGUACGUGUCUGAGCCGCUGGUGGUGGGUAUCGCCAUCAUCUCAGUGGUCGGGUUCCUCCUGGUGGCGGGUGGAAUCAUCUUCUUCCUCGCAAGGACGCUGAGAGAGCAGUACGACGGCGAGGACACCGAGGACCCGUUACGGUCAGCAUCAUGUUUAUUCAAAUAUUUUAAUUUUACAGUCUUGUUGUAAAACAGUUGUGGUUGAAACAUGAGGUUUUCUCUCCUGUAGACGCAAUGACAGUGUGCCAACACUGGAGCGAGCCACAAAGUUCAAUCCGAUGUUUGAGAGCGACCCGGUCUCUGUCCAGUACUACAGACGGUACGACGAUGAAGCGCCCCAGUACAGCAGCUCAACCAGCAAUGAAGGCUUGAAAGAGUUCAGCAGUGAUGAGAUCCAACAGAUCUACCAGAACACCAUGCUCACCAAAGAGGUACGGCACGGUUUCCAAACCAGGACCGGGAAGCGUAGUGACAUUUUGUUGGAUUAGUGGGACUGUUGUCCAACAAGAAUGAGUAAAUUUAGCUCCUCCCCUUUACCCUACUACUCCUUUCCCUCCUCUCCUCCUGACCUCUUGGUGUUACAUAAACAUGUUUUCCUCUCUCUCACCUUUGACCUCUCUGCAGGAGAUCCAGGAGCGGCUGAGGAUAAUCGAGUUGUGCUCCAGAGACCAGCACUUUGCAGACUUUGUGCGACAGACCCAAGUGUGAGUGUCUAAGCGCACACGUGGGUGUAAAAACUCACAACUGAGAUUCUCUUUAUGUUGAAGUUACAGUUUUUCAUAUUUCUAGUUUGGACUUAUUGGGUUGAGGGUCUAAAGGACUUCGAGAUCGGCAAUCAGACUUUGAUCAAGAACCAAUCAUAGAUGGUAAUUCACCCAAUCAUCACAUUUAAUUUACAGAGUAUAAAUUACUUGGAAAAAAUGAAGAAUAAAUGUAUUUGCAUAUGUACAGAUAGGUUUAUUAACAUUUUAUGCAUAUAGAUGUACAUUAGUUAAUCGUCCACAUACAAUGUAAGCUUACUCUGUAAAAAAUAGACCCUGGCCCUUAGGUGAACCAUUAAAAAAAACACUAACAGGUGUGUUGUUUGUAAGAACUUAUAAAUACCUACUUCCUGCUCUUUGACCAAUCAGAUUGUCUUGGUCACUCUGUUACUGACCCCUGUGGGGAUUACCGGCUCUCCGCAGGGGGUGUAAAGCCAAGAGGUGAGCCAGACGGCACCUCCACCUGGCAGAAAAACACCUUCAGACCAGACCAAACACGGCAGGGUGACUUUAAUUUAAUCUGCCAUUAUUUAGACACCCUGGACACCUGCUUCCGCCAGUCGGAUAUCCAGACUGGACAAGGGAGAUUUGGACUCUGUGCACACCAACAAAGCUUACCAGAAACCCUAGUGAUCGGCAGAAACUUUGUAGAUCUGACAGACUGGAACUGAGUCUAACAUCUGUGGUUCAGCAUCUGAUGUGAAAUGAAAGGUUUAAAAAUAGCAGACAGGUUCAGAGACGCUCUGCUAACAGCAUCAAAUAUCCAAACACACAAACAUUAAUCGCCCUUCCUCUUUCCACUCCGCUGUUUAUGUUGGACUUCCUUUUUAUUUAUGUCCUGGGGUUUUUGUGGUUUUGACGUUGCCUGUUUGGACCACAUCUCAGCAAGCCACAAACCACCAAACUAAUCUAAUUUUCUCUGUUUCGUUGGGCAGAUUCCUGGAGAGGAGAGGAAGCUCGACCACAUAACCAGCCCUGAGCCGCUGACCUCGAGGUACGAGUGUCAGGUUCCACCGAGACACUUUAUUUUCAUCUUUUUUCGAUUCUGCUUGAUUUCUAUGUUUGUCUCUGACUCUGUGGGCUCGGAGGAUGAAGGUAAACCACAGGAUCAGUUCUGGAUGGGGAAACCGUUCCGUCAUUUUAGACCAAAACUCUUCAAGUCAAACUUUGUCAGGUCUAAUCUGUCAGUGAGAUUCUGCAAACACUUUAAACUCUCAGGACUACACUUCCCAGGAUGCUACUUUUUUAAAGGUUCCCUCAGUACAUGUCUGACUGCAGCAGUGUGUAGAGUCUUUUUAAGGAUACCUGUAGAGAGUAGAUUAAGUUCCUGUUACUAUAGGAGGAAUCUUGUUCCUGUAAUCAAAAGGCACUGACUACAUCCUCCUGGAGUCAUGGAUACCUAAGUGAUGCCAAGAUGAUACCACGAUAUUUGACUGAAAUCUGAGACAGUACUGGCUUGGAGCGUGAUACCAGAUAGAUCAGAUAUAAGGUAGUCCUACUAGAGCUGUAGCGGGAUCACAGGUUGCACAGGUUGACUCACUCUUACUGUUGGUAGUGGACAUGUUGAAGGAGAGGCAUUGCUUUUCUAAACGUGAAAAGUACCUAAUCUUCAUCAAACCAUGCAAGAAGAGUCAACAGGAUUAAGAUUUAACAGGAUCUUUUCUUCCUGUGUGUCUCUGCAGAAACCUGCCUUCAUGUCUGAUCCCAGGAACGAAGAGGAGUUGGUCUUCGGUUGCCUCGUUGCUUACGAUCAACUCGACUGGACCCGAAGUAGACAAACCUCUGGGACGUUUGGAAGUUUAUCUUCUGAGGACUUUUUCAGGUGGCCUGUACCCUGAACUCUCACCUUUACCUUCUUCCUCCACCUGUGAACACUGUUUAUCUAACACUGUUCGGCGAAUUCUCUGCUGAGUACCUUUGUCUUACACUGUCACCUGGAUUUCUUGGGGUUUCCGUGCACGUCUUGAAGGGUCGGUGGUAAUCAUUUGAGACUUUUUAGGGGAUCCUGUCACUGGUCUUCAUUGAGGUUGUUCAGUGGUCUAUUUCAUGUGUUGGUUGGACAGUUUUCUGAUGUCUUGGAUCGCUGACAAUCCAAGCAGCACUCCUCGUCCUCCUCUGUGCCUUCACUGCUUUGUCAGCGUCUUUGGGACACAUCGAGCGUCAGUAUUUCUGAAUUUACACAUAAUCUUGGACUAUAAGC